AUGGAAUUAUACUUAUAAUUCAUUCAAAGUUAAAAAAAGGAUGUCCUAACAAAAAAAUAGUAUAAAUUCUUAGCAGAUGAAGCAAUAACAAGUGGUUCUGAUUAUGAUUAAGAUUCUAAGCCUUUAGAAGGAUACAAAAUUAAGGAAAGACGUCGUUUAGGUCAAAAUUACUAUAGAAGAAGAUUAUUAUCGGCAAAACAUACAAUAAAGAGAAAGUUUAGUCUUAAUUGGGAUCGUAUUACUAUUAGAUUUAGAAGAUUUUAUAACAAAAUAAAAUAAUUAGUUACUUUAAAAAAGCCUUACACUUUUAGUCCAGAUGGUUCAUUGAAAAUGUUAUGGGAUCUAUUAUGUUUAUUAUUAGUAAUUUAUGAGAUGAUAGCAAUUCCUUUGAUGAUAAGUUUUGAGAUUGAAAUAAGUAAAUCAUUUUCAAGUAUAAGUGCUACUAUAUUCAUAUUUGAUAUUGUUCUGAAUUUUAACACAGGUGUUUAUUUAGAAGGUAAAUUAAAUAUGGAUAGAAAAGAAAUAUUUAAAGAAUAUGUAAGAUUUUGGUUUUGGAUUGACUUUGUUUCUACAUUUCCUUAUGAUAUAAUAAUAGAUGAAUCGUCUACAUUAGUCUAAAGUGCAAAAUUAAUAAGAUUACUGAAAUUUUUGAGAUUUGUAAAAGUCUUAAAGUUAAUAAGGUUAGCUAAGUUAAAAAAAAUAAUAGAUAAAUUUGAUGAAUUAUUAUCAAUGAGACCUGGUGUAGCAGCAAUAGUUAAUUUUUGUAAGUUAUUUUUUUUUGUAUUAUUUUUUGCACAUAUACUUGGUUGCAUAUUCCAUUAUUUAGCAUAAUAAGAACCAAGUGAUGAUUCAUGGCUUGGAGAUAUUUAUUUUGCUGAUUGGUAAAUUAGAUAUGUUAAUUCUUUAUAUUGGGGAAUAGCAACAAUGACUACUGUAGGAUAUGGUGAUAUAAGUCCAUAAACACCUUAAGAAAGAUUUAUUGGUAUAUUGCUUUUAUUAAUUGCUUGUGGGGGGUUUGCAUUUACAAUGAAUUCAAUAGGAUUUGCACUUUAAGAAAUUAAUGGAUAAAACAAAUUGAAAAAAGAGAAAAUUAAUAGUAUAAAUAGGUUUAUGAAAAAAGUAGGGAUUUCUAAUUAAUUAUAAAAUAGAAUUAGAAGAUAUAUUGAAUUUGUAAUGGAUUCUAAAUCUUUAGUAUUAUAAGAUUUAACAAAUUAAGUUUAAAUUGAAUUAGCUAAUCAUUUAAGAAAAUAAGUAAAUGGUAAAUUACUAGGAUAUUGUAAUAUUUUAUUGAAAAAUAAUUCUUAAUAAUUUCUAAUUGAGGUUGUAUUACCAAAUAUGAUAGAAAAAAUUUAUAAUCCAGAAGAAGUUAUUUUUGAUGAAUUUGAUUUUUAAUAAAAUUAUGAUAUGUUCAUAAUCAAAUCAGGAUAAGUUGAUAUAUUUUAUAAAAAAACUGGUAUAGUGAUAGAUUAAAAGAGAAAAAAUGAUUAUUUUGGUGAAAUAAGCUUUUAUUCAAAUAUGUCAAGAUCUGCAAGUACUAGAAGUGUUAAUUUCUCAAGCAUAUUUCAAAUAGCUUAAAGCCAAUUUUAGUAAAGUUUAAAAGCAUUUCAAGAUUCUUUAUAAACUACAUCUUGUCGAAAUUUCGAUUUAGAACGGUAUUAAAUGAUAAGGAAUAAGAUAGUCUUUCAUAAGGAUUAUGGAUCUAUUGGUGUGAGAUGUUUUGUAUGUUCAAUGGAUGAUCAUAUAGCAAGAGAUUGUGAUAAAUUACAUUUUAAUGUGUAAAAUUAGUUUUUAUCUUAGAUCAGCCACACAUUUUAUAAAAUUUCUAAAAUAAUUUGAUAAAUUACAUUAAGCAGCUUAUUUUAGAAGAGAUAGAAUUGAUUUUAAUGCAAGAAAGUGUAUAUCACAAAUCUAAUAAGCAUAAAAAAGAUUUGAAACUUCAAAAUUAAUAAAUUUAAAUUUAAAAAGAAAGACUUAUUUAGAAGAUCUUCUUAAUAGUUAUAAUUUAGUUGAAGAAGAAAUGUUGGAUAAUUAAUAUCCUGAAUAUCAGAUCUUUACUCUUAAAUAAAAAAGUAGAAUGAAGAGUAUAAAAUAUUUAAAUGGUAGGAUGACAAGAAAGAUUACUAAUAUAUAUACUCAUACUUCAAUAAGUGAAAAAUAUUUAGGAGGUUUAACAGAAAAAAUAGAUAAUUUAAUAUUAAAGACAAAAAAAAAAGAGAUGGAAGAUAGAUUUAAAUAGCUUCAUUUUAGUUCUAUAUCUAAUUUUGAUUAAAUUUCAGAAUUUACUCAUUUUUAUCCAGAAGGUAAUUUUUCAAUGGUUCUAAACUAAUAUUUAAGAGCCUUAGAAAAAGGGUUUCCAAAAAUAAUAGAAAUUGAAACAUUAUUUGGAAUUGAGGAAUUUCAAAAUUAUUCUUAAUAUUAUUGUUAUAAAUUAGAAAUUGAUGCAGAAAUUAAAAAUAGAAAUAAUAAUGUUGAGAUGAAUUUCGAAUAAAUGAGAUUGCUAAAUAUGGAUAGAAGAUAGAAAAAAAAAGAAAAAGUAAUUAAAGAUGCAAAUCAAUAAAUUUAAAAAUCACUUGUUUAAUUAAAAGCUUAUAAAGCAAUAAAUCGUAGUUUUAGAAAUCUAUUUGUUAAAUGA